UAGAGGGCGCUCCACAACACUUUAAACGACUGCACAUGCUUUAUUAAACGAAGGAAGAAUUUCCCCGGAAGUUUCUCGUGUUUAUUUGCUGUGUGUUCGUGUUGUAAUUUCCUAACCGAGUAAAUUGGUAUCAAUGGGUCGCAGAAAGUCGAAGCGAAAGCCUCCUCCCAAGAAGAAAAUGACUGGAAACCUGGACACACAGUUUACCUGCCCAUUCUGUAACCACGAGAAAUCCUGUGAUGUUAAAAUGGAACGAAGUCGAAACACUGGUAUAAUAUCUUGUACUGUGUGCUUGGAGGAGUUCCAGACUCCCAUCACCUAUCUCUCCGAACCUGUGGAUGUCUACAGCGAUUGGAUCGAUGCUUGUGAAGCAGCCAAUCAGUAGCUCAUCUCAUAGGGUCAGAGGUCACAGAAGACUACAUGGCCCUACAAGACUACAAGUUGUAUUUUUCUAUCACAAAAUGUAUCCUGUAAACAUCCAGUUUGUUUCCUGAUGAAACGGAAUCAUUUUCAGUCACAUGUAUUCCCUGUUGUUAGUAUUACACAACGUGAAGACACACAGGAAAUGGAGUGCAUUUAAGAGAUGGUGCAUUUGAUCAUACUGGUUUUGACCUACAUUUUUGUGAACUUUUAGUUUCUAAACGUUUUAGUUGCUGCUUAGGUUUUUAUAUGUUUAAUGACUGAUUGAGUAAAUGUCAAUAAAAAUAUGUGCAUCUUCCUUGUUAGGAAUGAA